AUGAGCGAUGAAGAGGCGCGCGCGAGCGCCGUGCCGGCGUCGGCGAUGCUGUUCGCGGUGCACAAACACCUGCAAACGCGAUGCGCGGAGAAGACGAGCGCGUUCUUGAAGUGCAAGAAGGGCGAUCAAGACCCGGAAAAGUGCCUGCGACAGGGCGCGGCGAUGACGGGGUGUCUGGUGGAGGUGCUCAGGGACUUGAAGGCGACGUGUGGGGAUGAAUUGAACGCGUACGCGGAGUGCUUAGAUUACAGGAGCAAUAACUUUGAAAAGUGUCGGCGGGAACAAGAGGCGUUUGAGACGAAGUGCUCGCUCGGGAAGUAA